UCUACAUUCAUAACAUUAUCCACUAUAUGAAACAAAUUAGUUGCAGAAAAAAACAGGUUUGUUGUUUUUGUGUGUCACUGUUCGCGCACACGCGCGAAAACGUGAAACAAUAGUAAUCAAAAUUUCCAAAGAAUGAAAACCACACCAUUCGAUCACCCGUUUUUUGUUUGUUUGGUGUGAAGUAAAACGAAAGACCGUGCAAAAAUUGAUAAAAAUGCCUGUAAGUAAUCUAAAACAUGUCAUUGUAUAUGGUCAACAUAUGGGUUAAUAUAUUAUUAUUCACUGAUUUAAGGACAAGCGCAAAACUACAACCAAACGACAGUUUGAGGUACUUAUUGCCAUGAUUGAAGGUAAUGAAGGUGUAGCCGGUGAUCGCAUCAAAGGAUCUUGUAAAUUUUGGCAGGAAGUGACGGUAAAACUCAACGAAUUGGGACCCCCUAUCAAAGAUAUAUCGGGAUGGAAAAAAGUUUGGGCGGAUUAUAAAUCUGCUUUAAAAAAGAAGCUUUCAUUUAAUAAUGCGGAAUACAGAUCGACCGGAGGGGGACCGUGCUCCUUGCGCAAUUUUAAUGCCCUGGAGCAGAAAGUUAUUGAAGUGCUCGAUAUGCAACGUUCAGUGGUCGGAACACCUGACGUUCCACCAAUGGGUCUAGCAGAAAGUGAAGAUUCAAUCGAAAAUGAAUGUUUGAAUAUCAGCCCAGAAGUAACAGAGCUCGUUACAUCCGGAGCAUGUAAUCGGGACAGCGGACAUCAACCAACUUCUGCCCAAAUAAUUGACCAAGAGGUUGAAAUCGAAGAGGUUCCUGUUACUACAGAACCAGCUCGUAACAGCAGGCGAAAGAGACGCACAUUGGCGGAGCAAAACUUGUUGGAGUUGCGUAAAUUCAAUGUGAUUCAACAAAAAAUACUCAACGUUAAAAUCGAAAAACAAGAAACAAACAAAGCUAGGUUAGAAACUGAAAAGGAACAUGCUAAAAGGAAAUUUGAACUAAAACAAAAGGCAAUGGAAAUGCAACAUGAAUUGGCAAUUCAGGAUUUUCAACUGAGGAAGGAAAUUGCCGAAAAGGAGCUAGAGUUAAAAUAUGCUAAAUUAGAGCAAAUUAGUAACGCAAAUCAGCCCAGGCAUUAAUUA